AUGCAAUUCUCAGCAGUCCUCGUCGCCUUCUUAACUGCGGCUCCAUUGUUGGUUUCUAUUACUCCUCCUAAGCUGAGCUACAGACUAAUACACCUUGUUAGUGCCAUGGCCGAUCUGCAUAAAGAGCUCCUCUGCAUCAAAUUCCAAGCCGGCCCAGAACCUUUUGUUGGCCACGACGAGGCCACGAAGUCUGCUUGUGAAGCUUAUAAAGCACGUAACACAGGAACCAAGAAGUGGGAUACUUGCCCAGACUGCAGGGUCGAUACAAAAUAUGGAGGUGCUACCUGUAAGAGUGAUGCCGGUCAUUUAGGAGGCGAUCAGUUCAAGGCCUAUUGCCUGGAUUUUGGAGCCCCCGCAUCCGAUACCCCAUUUGUUUCCGUAUUCUAG